AUUAUAGUCAUUAGAAAAAGCAAAAAGUUUAUAAUGAAAACACAGUCACAGCUUCUUGAAGCCCGUCGCUCUGCAAACUAUCGACCGUCUCUUUGGGAACACGAGAAUCUCCUCUCGCUCGGGAACAAAUAUGCGAAAGAGGACAACAUCGAGAGAGCUAAGUUAUUGAAGCAAGAAGUUAGUAAAAUGCUUGAUGAAACAGAGGGUUUGCUUGAACAGCUAGAGCUCGUUGACACUUUACAAAGACUCGGAAUUUCUUACCGUUUCGAACGUGAAAUCAAGAAGAUUCUAACGAAUGUUCACGUUAGACAUGUGAGGCACAGAAAGAGGGUAGAUCGGAAGAGAUCUGAAUACUUAUAUGCGACUGCCCUUGAGUUCCGACUCCUAAGGCAACAUGGCUUUAAUAUCGCACAAGAUGUUUUUGACUGCAAUUUUGGAUAUGGUUUGGAUGAUGAAGACAUCAAGAGUGUUCUUUCACUAUAUGAAGCUUCAUAUCUCUCGACUAGAUUCGAUACUAAAUUGAAAGAGACCAUAUACUAUACAACAACACGACUUAAAAAGUUCGUGGAAAUGAAGAGCAAUGAGACCACAUCUUAUGUUCGAAAGAUGGUGAUACGUGCGCUAGAAUUGCCAUACCAUCGGAGAGUUCAAAGACUAGAAGCAAGAUGGUACAUAGACGUGUAUGGCGAGACACCCGACAUGAACUCUAACUUACUAGAAUUGGCGAAACUUGAUUUCAAUUUCGUACAAGUUAUCCAUCAAGACGAGCUCAAAUCUCUCUCUAGCUGGUGGAGCAAGACGGGAUUAACCAAAACCCUUGAUUUUGUAAGAGAUCGAAUAACGGAGAGCUAUUUCUCAAGUGUUGGAGUAAUCUGUGAGCCUGAGUUUGCAUAUCAUCGACAAAUGCUUACAAAAGUUUUCAUGCUUAUUACCACUAUCGACGAUAUAUAUGAUAUAUAUGGGACACUGGAGGAGCUCCAACUAUUCACAGCCAUUGUUGAAAAAUGGGAUGUGAAUCGUCUGGAAGAACUUCCCAAGUACAUGAAGUUGUGCUUUCUAUGCCUCAUCAACGAAAUCAAUCAGAUUGGAUAUCUGAUUCUAAGAGACAAAGGAUUUAAUGUGAUUCCUUACCUCAAAAAAUCCUGGGCAGAUAUGUGUAAAACGUUUUUAAAAGAGGCAAAGUGGUACAAAAGUGGUUACAAACCUAACCUCGAAGAGUACAUGGAAAAUGGUUGGCUCUCAAGUUCUGUCCCUACAAUACUUAUCCACUUGUUAUGCCUCUUCCCCGACCAAAAUCUAGACAUUCUUGUCUCCUACCACCACCAUGCUAUUCGAAACUCUGCCACAAUCCUCCGUCUCGCUAACGAUCUCGCGACUUCUUCGGAGGAAUUGGCGAGAGGCGACAAUAUGAAGUCCGUACAGUGUCAUAUGCAUGAAACGGGAUCUCCAGAGGCAGAGUCACGUGCGUACAUUCGAGAAAUGAUCGGUUUGGCAUGGGAAGACUUGAACUUGGAAAGAAAGAGUUGUUGGCUACAUCAAGGUUUCGUAGAAGCGGCAGCUAACCUUGGACGCGUGGCUCAGUGCGUUUAUCAGUACGGUGAUGGCUAUGGCUGUCCCGAAAAGGCCAAGACUGCCGAUCAUAUCCGGUCCUUGCUCGUCCACCCUGUCCCACUCGAUUUAUUAGCUCACAACAAUAAUAAUUAAACCACACGAAUAAUAUUGGUUUAUUUCAAAGAGUAGAUUAAGAGCUUGUAAAGUACAAUAAUCAGCUCAACCAUUAUUGUAUUUUCUAUUAUCAGUUAUUUUUGCUUCCGA